CACGCAUCUCCCAUAACUCCCCACGGUUUCCAAGAGUUCAGGAGUCGCUAAAUUCGCAAAUUCUGAUUUCAUUUUUCAUCAUCUACUCGAUAUAAUUACGAAUCGAAUUCUCUGGUCUGGGCUUUGCCGAUCAAAUGGGUUUGCCAAUCCCCAUCGCGGCCUUCUCGAUGAUCGCUGACAUUUGGCUUCCUAUGACACUAGGCCUGCUGCGUGGAUGCCUGCUCGAGUGCAAAUACAUCCUCCGGACUCCAUCGAGUUGUGUUACUUCGAAGCUAAGGAGAAAGUCCAAGAAAAAAAAAGGCUCAAGAAUCACAUUGCAGUCCCCAAACUCCUGGGAAGAAUUUUGGGUGACAAUGAUGCUGCUUCAAGUUAGUCUUUUACCUCUAUGCAUCUAUGCAACUCUUGAGAUACUGAUUGUGAUGCUUGAUAGUUUGCAAACCUUAGUCCGAUUGGUAUCCUACUAUCUUACAUCAUAUGUAGGAUGGAAAGUUAGGUAUGCCGAGUAUUCCCUUACUCGACGUACUUUGAAGGUAGCCAAAGGGUUGCAGUUGCAAACAAAAAUUACAAUUUACUGAAAAACGGCGACCAAACCAGCUCAUUGACAGCUAAGAGUGUAUUGACCCCGUUUUCUAAUGGAAAUUUUGAAUAACUAGAGGCACUUGAAAACCUCACCAUACUAUAGUCAACGCAGAAUAUGAAAUUGACUAACUUUCCUCGGUAAAUUCAAGUGAGAAAUCACUCUCAAUAAUUACACGAAUAUUGAACUUGAGCUUCAUAAUAAUUACAAGAAUAUGAGUUUAUAAUGUUUAGAUCUGU